AUGGAACUUCCAGCGUUGUCAACCUUCACUGUAAUCUUCAGUACAUUGUUCACUCUAUGGAUCUGUAGAUUUAUCAUUCAAAAAAUCAUCACAUGGGCUCACAUCAGGGCCAUUACACAGAAAGAAGGCUGUCAGAAUCCCCCAAGCUACCCACACAAAGACCCCCUAUUUGGCAUUGAUCUGUUCUUAUUAUACAAGAAAGCCUUUGAAGGUCGAAAGUUCCUCGAUCUAACAUGGCAGCUUUUCGAGAAAUAUGGCAAAACAUACCAAGUCAACCGGCUGGGUCGGCGUUAUGUAUGCACCAUGAGCCCCAAGAUCACCUAAUAUGUCCAUGCAACUUAUUUCGAUUGUUUUGGCGUGGAAAAGAUUUGCUCUGGUGCGGAAUAUCUCUGGGGUGAUGGUAUUACUGUGGUUGAGGGUGAGAAAUGGUUUGUGCGGAGGAAGCCGAUCAAACCCUCGUUUGAUGUAGUUUACAUCGGCAAUUUGGAGAAUCGAAGCUUGGGGAGACAUGUUGAGAGACUGAUGGAUUUGAUACCCCGGGAUGCUUCGACUGUCGACUUGAUGCCGCUCUUUAAACGCUUGGUAGGAACAUUCCUCCUCUGUAUCUAUAACUUCCAUUAGCUAACAAAGCAAUAACAGAGUCUUGAUACGGCUAGCAAGUUUAUCUUCGGCGAAUCGAUGGAUGCACUUAAAUCUGCUGGUUCGCACAAAGACUUCUUGGAUGCGUAUUUCUAUGCUCAAAGAAGAACGGCAGUUCGUUUGAUGCUGGAACCGAAGUUGCGUUUUCUAUAUCGCGACCCCAAAUGGUGGAAAGACUGUGACAUCGUCAAUAAUUUCCUUGACGAUCUCGUUGACAAAGCGCUGGUCCGACAACAGAACAACAAGAGCAAGUCUGCAGGGGUUGAAGAGGAACUGGACCGUCUUCGUCUUAUUGAUGAGAUGGCAAAGGCAACCCAAGAUAGGUUGAUGCUUCGCUUCCAGAUGCAAAAUGUUUUCACACCAGCGCACGAUGGCGCGGCGAUCACCCUAAGUAAAGCACUUUUCCAUCUUUCCAGAAGCCCAGGAACAUGGAAAAAGCUUAGGGCAGAAGUCCUGCCAAGCAAAGAUCUGCCUACCACGUAUGAUUUAUUGAAAACCUAUCAAUAUCUUAAGAAUGUCAUAAGGGAAACGCACCGAGUAACCCCGAUCUCAACGCUGAUAUCACGACAGUGUCUCAAGGAAGUUUUCUUCCCGACGGGCGGUGGAAAAGACGGGACAAAACCACUCUACAUAGGCAAGGGAGAUAUUGUCGAAAUGAACUUCCGGUGUACUCUGCGAGACAAGGAAUUCUGGGGAGACGACGCGGAUAAAUUCAGGCCUGAAAGGUGGGAUACCCUGAGACCGACUUGGGAGUACACCCCAUUUGGUGGCGGCCCGCGUAUUUGUCCUGGAUUCCGGUUGGUGUUCGCUGAGGUUGCGUACACGAUGAUCAAGAUUCUGAGAGAGUUUGAGAGGAUUGAGAGUCGGGAUGAUAGGCCAUGGACUGAGGAGACGAGAGCGACGUUUAAUAAUCUUCACGGCACCAAAGUCGCACUGUUUCCUGCGACGGCGAUUUGA